CGUCUUCCCAUCCCUUGGCAGCAUCUCCAUCGCCUCACCCGUCUCAUCGCUUCCGUCCGUCCGCGCACUCGCAGUCUGUUCAUCCGUCUGCUCUCAGUAAUAUCUACCAUACAUAAAACGGGAGGCACCGUCCAGCUGUGGCAAUGGAACGUCCUCCUUGAUUUUGCUGGCAAAGGAUGGCGGAAGACCACUCCAGAGACCUUUAGAACUGCGCUAGACGUAUAUCACGACUUGAUUUCCAACAACCCGCCAGGCGCGUGCUUCUCGAAGAAACCAGUGGGUCUGAACGCUAUAGACGAGGAGCCGACCGAAUCUGUCAGACCGAACUUGGAACCGGAUAUCUGGACGUUCACCACAUUACUCAAUAUCGCGAUCAGUACGUCUGAAGCCAAACCUGUGCGUCAGGCUGUGGCUCUGUUGGAGAGCUCAGGACAACGGCCCAGCGUGGUUACGUAUCUCAGCUACAUCCGCUACUAUACCAAGCUGGGAAGACUGUUGGGCGUCCGGUCUGUCCUGGCGCAAAUAGUGUCUAACGACAUAGAGCUUGGGCUAGACGGGACUAACGCUUGUAUUUGGGCAUUCGGCCGCAACAAUCGUCUCGACACCGCGGAAACAAUUUAUAAGGUCCUCAGGUCCAACAUGUCUCAGCACCCGGAUCCUGAAAUCGAACAGCUGAGGCGGCGGCUGGCCGAGGAGAAUAUCCGGGUCCCGUCCAAUGUCGUUCCCGAUCACAUCACGUACACUUGUCUCAUACAAGCAUACGCGUACCGCGGACACCUCCAUGAAUGCUUAAUCGCGUUUAUGGACAUGAUCACUGCACUCGACCCGCCCGGCAAGAGAAAGACGACCCCUGAAGACCCUGAGAAGGCUCAACUCUAUCUUCCCGUCUACCGUGCUAUCUUCAUCGGCUUCGUUCGCCACGGCAAAGCUCCGCACCUAGUGCAACCCGGGGCCCGAUACGGCGCAGAGAUUCUAGUACUGUCCCCUGCCGCAGAUGACUCAUCGCCGUGGACACUCAAGGCCCUAGACCCGCUGUUCGAGGAUUUUUUGCGCAUCCCGCGGGGGAUGGAGCCUACGGAGAACCUCAUCUUUUGGAUAUUGACGGCGUUUACCAAGACGAGCGGGGAGGACAAGCAAAAGCUGCGCCAGGUGUAUGGGCUGCUUGAAGAGCGUUUC